GAAAACAAUCAACAAUUCCUUCGAAAUUAUCCUCUUGAUUGUAUGGUCCAUCGAAAACAAUAUUCAACAAAUAAUCUGGAUCUUUCUACACUUGAUUAAAAGAAUAUUCCUUUUCUCCUUCACAAGCAUUCUUUGAUUUUCUCCUCUGCUCAUUAACUUCCACCGUCAAGCUCGAUGACCCGCCCCAUACUCAAUCAACAAGGUGGUAGUCCCAAACACUACCAUUUUCGGCGAAAUUAAAAGAAAACCCUAAGAAAAAUGGAGUAAUUAAGGGUAUGGUAGGUGUUUCACUCCCGUACUAUUUUCUCCAUUGAAGAUGAGUUUUUCUAAUGAGCCUUUCCAUCUCCAUUAACGUUGUGUUAAAUUUCAUCAAUGAGAAAACGGGGUGAGCUGAGUGUGGCAAAUGGGAUUUUUAGUGGUCCCGCAUUUCUUUCCAAACUUACCCCCAUAUAUUUAGUGUGAAAAGACUUGGACACCCCUAUAUUAACAACAGGAUAUUAACUUGGAAUUUCUCCCACUAUUCCGUUUUUCAACUAGAUUAGUUUUGAGGGCUGGUGCUCAAGAUCUAAGAUCAAACCUCGUCUACAUAUGAAGUACGUUGAAAAUAAAUAUAUAUUCAUUUACGAUCUAAUAUACAUCAAAAAAGUUGACUCAACCAUAUCGGCAGGACCGACCUUAUCUAUAGUAGUGGAUCCAAAUUCAACAUGUAUGGGCACAUUAAUUUAAUAGGACUAGACCACACUAGACUCAACUCAACUAGACUCGACCCAUACGACACACGAAGAACCGAAUUAACACAUCUCCACUUUCAAGCUCAUACUGUAUUUUGCUUCAGUCAAAUUGAUCAUUACCAAAACAGCAUCACCCCAUUUCUGUGUUAUCGAUUGGGAAAUUGAGAGAGAGAUGAAGAUGGGAUUGGUGAUUUCCGCGACCUUGAUCUUAACAAUGGCGGCAAUCUCUCAUGGACAACAGUUGAGCUCAAAAGAAUGCGAGAAUUUGGGAUUCACGGGCCUUUCUCUCUGCUCCGAUUGCAAAACUUUGUCAGAGUAUGUCAAAGACCAAGAACUGGUAUCUGACUGCUUAAAUUGCUGUGUGGAGGAUUCUGAUGAUUCAAUGAGCAAGAUUACCUAUGCUGGUGCACUGUUGGAGGUCUGCAUGAGGAAACUGGUCUUCUAUCCUGAGAUAGUUGGCUUUAUAGAAGAAGAGAAUGACAAGUUUCCUUCGGUCAAAGUUCAAUAUUCUUUCAACUCGCCACCGAAGAUGAUUAUGCUAGAUGACAAUGGUGAACAUGCUGAAACAAUUAGAAUUGACAACUGGAAACGUGAGCACAUCCUGCAAUUUCUUCGGGGGAAGCUCAGAUCUGCUGCUAGUUAAAAUGGGUGACAGGAAGCUAGGUGUUGUCAAAUCAUUUAUUGCUUGAGUGACAAUUUUGAUCCUUUGUUGCCAAAUGAACGAGUACGGCAGCUCGAUCUUGAUGAAUAUUUUCUACUUAUAAUGAUCUUCGACGUGCUUCUAGGUUGAUGAAAUCUUUUUUUUUUUUUUUUUUUUUUUUGAUAAUUGUUCUUAUACCUAUCUAAUUUGAUACUUCUGUAUUAUGAAUUGAAAUCCACACUGAAACAUAGAGUAAUUUUUUUU